CUUCGGCAUUUCCAUGUGAAUUGUUUGCAUGCUUAACACCUCGCUAAAACCCCAGAAAAGCGGAAAGCUCUCGCCUUUCUUGCCAUUGACCACGAGAUUACGAGUGCGCGAUUCUUCCUAAAACGCUGUCUUGCCAAUAGGUUCCUGUGAAACCGCAGUCCGACGAUGUUGUCUUGUUUUCUAGGGUUUUGCAGCUGAGAUUCCGUGAGAAAAAUGGGUUCUUUUGGUGCGGAGAGCGAACUUGCUCAGACACUCGUCGAGGCUGGGAAUAGCCUUCUCAACCCUCCGCCUUCAACCGAUGGGCUUCUCACUCUCCUCGAUGAAAUUGAGAGUUUGCUCUCAAAUGUCGAGCAAGACCCUCCAAUCUCUAUGCAAGAUGCCUUACUUCCUUCAAUGAAGGCUUUGAUUUCUGUUGACCUCUUGAGACACCCUGACCCUGAUGUCAGGGUUUCAGUUGUGUCGUGUUUAACCGAAAUCACAAGGAUAACUGCUCCAGAGGCCCCUUACGAUGAUGACCAAAUGAAGGAGAUCUUUAAGCUGACGGUAGAAGCUUUUGGAAAGUUGGCUGAUGUGUCCUGUCGCGCUUACAAGAAAGCAGAAUUGAUACUCGAUACCGUUUCAAAGGUCAGAUCAUGCUUGGUGAUGUUGGACUUGGAGUGCGAUAAGCUCAUUCUAGAAAUGUUUCAAGAGCUCUUGAAAAUCAUAAGCCCUGACCAUCCUCAAGCAGUACUUCUGGCAAUUGAUAUGAUAAUGAUCACGGUAAUUGAUGAAAGUGAAGAAGUUUCCACAGAUUUGCUCAAUGUUCUCCUGGCUUGUGUCAGAAAGGAAAACAAGAACAUUUCACCAACUUCUUGGAAGCUCGUGGAAAACGUUCUUAGUAGAUGUGCUUGUAAAAUUAAACCAUACAUCGUGGAAGCAAUGAAAUCCCCAGGGAACAGUUUGGAUUUGUACUCUUCUGUGGUUUCGUCAAUAUGCCAAAGUGAAUCUGGCAUUGCUAAGGAACGUAAAAUUGUUAAUGCUAAGGAAAAUGAGGCAGAUGAAAAGAGAUCAACAAGACAAGCGAUUCCAAGUGACUCAUUGGAGGAGACAUUAAAUCUGGGGCUUUCACGUAAGCGAAUUCGUUCUGGAAAUAUUUCUAGACGUAUCGAUGAUAGUUCCAAGCAGGCCAAUGAAGUUGACAAAAGAAGUAGAGAGGUUAAACGUAGUUCUAAGAAAGUGCAGCCGAAGAGCACAGAUGAUGAGACUGAAUCAGUGAGAACUCUGAAAAGAAAGGUAAGGAAACCCAAUUCUCUACUGAAUCGAGAGGAAGGCUACGACCAUUCCUGGGUAUCUGGAGGAAGAGGUUCAGUUAAGGCGGCUUCAAGCAAGAAACUGCGUAAAAAAGGACGAGGGGGUUCAUCUCUUGGAAAUCCAGAUGCCAAGAAUACACCUUUCGCUGAAGAAAGUACGAGUUUGCCAUCUAAAGCCGGUCAAACGACUCAGUCCGUUGUUAUUUCCCUCCCUUCGCCUUAUGGAAUUGUGAGGGGACCACGUAAACGAAGUCGGGUUAAGACAGAAGAGAUAGAUCAAGAUAGUUCUCUCUCUUCACCCACAGCAAAGAAAGAGACAUCAACCACUCAAGCUAAGAAGAAAAGUUCGCUACAUGCUUCCAUGAAGACCGAGCCAUGUGAUGAAGAAUAUCUGGUGAUGUCAAACCAUGAGAACUUCGAAAAAGCAGAAGUUGGCCGAAAGGCUGUCAAGUCAGGCAGAAAGGCUGUGCUCCAGAAUUGUUUGAAGGAAAAAGCCAUGAAGAAGCCACUCACAGGAGCUAAGAAGGUAAAGACCAGUGGAAAAGGAUUGGUCAUUCAGUCUGGUGCUAAGGAAAAGGGUAAAGAAGGCUCAACCUCUGAUGGGGUUAUUCCCCGAUCAUCUAAGAGCAAGAACCUGCAGAAGAUGGUUUCUCAUAUUGCAACUAGACCUUCGGGAGAAGGAUCUGAGGAAUCUCCCAAAACCCAUCCCAAGAGGAAACGGACUGCUAGAAAAGAAGUGGAUGCUGAGAUGUCUGGCCUUGGUGCAGAGUUGGUUGGUAAGAGAAUUAAGGUCUGGUGGCCUCUAGAUAAGACGUUUUAUGAAGGCGUUAUAAACUCUUACGAUGAUCAACAAAAGAAGCACCUGGUGUUAUACGCUGAUGGGGAAAAUGAAAUGCUUAAUCUGGAAGAAGAACGUUGGGAGUUCAUAGAAGACAGCACUCCAGCCGAAGAGCAGGAUCAGGAAACCGAUCUCCCGGAGGAGUCCAUGACUUUAUCUGGCAUACUGCGAAGACAGAAAGCACAUAAAAACAAAAAUGGACCCACGCCCAGUUCCUCAGAAACAAGAUCAUCAAAGAGGACACUGAAGAAAGAAGACGAUGAAAUGGAGUUUGAAAAACAAUCGAAAAGAGUCAAGGGCAAAGCAUUCAAGAAACCGGUGAGCGAACUGAAGCCUGAAAUCGAAGAACCCGAAAACAGAGAAGGGAAAACUCUCAAGUCCUUGAAGGAAUUGAAUGCUGAACCUCACCAAGCAGAAGUGAGUGACGGUCAAAAGCCGGAGGCUCAAGAACCUACGACCAAGAGGGAAGUUAACGGGAAAUCUCUGAGAGAUCCGAAUGAAGAGUCCAUUACUGAGGAAGAAAACCCGGAAUCAGUUGAAGAGCCAAAUGAAGGAACAGAAACAGAUGGCAAAGAACCAAAUGGUGAUGGGACAGAGGCUAUGACUGAAGCAGAGAAACAAGAGGAAACAUGCAAAAGCAUGUCUGAGGAUGGAAAACAAGAAUCUGGUGGAGGAGGAAACGACCCGGAAUGCGAGAAAAAGCAGAAUGCAGAGCCAAGGGAAGUAGAAGGCGUCACCAGCUCUCAUCUGAGUGACCACUGAGCUCAUUGUGUGAGAUGAUGAAUGCGUGCUUAGCGUAGUUAGGUGGUGUGGUGGUUUUAAUCAUGCAAGAGAGAGAGAGAGAGAAGGGUCCGUACUAGUGUGUUUGGUAAUGGUUGCAGCCUUUUUCGUUAGAUUGUGGGGUUCUUGUCCAGGAACUUGAUGGAUCUCUGUCUUGUAAUGGAUCUGGUUUUUAACUGGCCUCACUUUGUUUUUACUGUAUUUAUAUGCGUUACUGUGUAUGUCUUGUCUGCCA